AAUCGAUAGCUGCUCUUCAAUUGAACUCGUCAACAAAAAUAAAUGGAAAAGUAAAUAAUUAUUGAAAUAUGAGCGUGACACAGGAUAAAAAUGAGGAUCAGGACCGCAUACAGAGACGGGUCAACAAGAUACUGGAAACCCGCCUGGAAUCCGAUAAGGACACUCUCGAUGCUCUUAACGGUCUCUCCAGCUUCUUCAAGGAGAACACACUGCAGAAUCGAAGGAAUCUGCGCAGCCAGAUUGAGCAUCGAUCCGUGGGCAUCAAUGAGAACUUCCUAAAGGCCUUCCGAGAGGUGAAGCUGUCGCUGGAUGCCGUCUGCGCCGAUCUGGAUACCAUGGCCACGUCAGUGCAGACGAUGAAGUCCGACCUGGAGACGUCAAUGCUGAAGGAGAUUCUGUCGGUGGCCACAAUGGUGGAUGGUCGCCAGGCGGACAUCACGAAGAUCGUCAGCUGUGUAAUCGAUCCUCUGCUGCAGUCAGUGCAGGAGAGCGCCGCCCAUCUGCCCACCGUGGACAUGGGCGUUUAUCUGCUGAACUGCCUCUACCACAUGCAGAGCACGCUGGCCGUCUACGAGUACAUGGAUGAGCGCGUGGAGCGGCUGCAGGCCCAGUCGGACGCCCAACUGGACACGCUCACCUCCGAGCAGGCCUCCUCGCUGGUGGCCAAUCUCAAUCUGGGUCCCAUCUACACCAUACUGCAGAGUAAUCAGUCCAAGAUCGAGACAAAUCUGCUCAAAAUCUUCAUGUCCAAGCUGGAUGCCUUUCUGGAGCUGCCGGAUGUGCUGCUGCUGCCGCAGGUGCAGCUAAUCAUGUCCAGCAGCCAUCGUGCCACCGUGCAAAAGCGUGCCUUUAACGUGAUCGUGGCCAUUUACAAGCAGAUCUACGAGCGUGUUCACGAUCCAGCCAAUGGCUUCGAGCAGCCGGAUCAGCUGCUGCACAAGACGCCCGAACAGGUGGCGCACAUUCUAACGGCAUCGUAGGUUUUGUCUGCUGGCACUAGUGUUGGGUAAAGUGGUUCACUUCAGUGAGUGAACUGAGCACAUUCAUCUGCUCACUAGUUCACUUGUUCGUCCUCUAGUUCACUUACGCCUGUGUGCCACCACUGAACAAGACAACAAGUGAACUAGUGAGCUUUAUUUUUUGGUUCACUCACAAAUAUAAGCAACUAAAGAUGGGGAA